GCCAGUUUUAAAUUACUCAUCAGUUGAGUUUUAUCUUAUGAGUAAGUAGCAAUAACAGUCAUCCACAACUUGAGAGAGAGGAGAGGAAGAGCCCUGACAAUGGCGACAUGCGCGAUCAAUUCAGUAUCUUCAGCGGCAUGGAGUAUGAGUUCUCUAAGAUCAACUCUUCCUUGUAUCCAACCGCCGUCAGCCUCCUCAACCCGCUUCCCAGCUCGGUCUUCUCCAUCUCGACUGAAGCUCUCCCGAUCCAGUCCACAGCCAGUGAUUCCUCACUCUUUCGUAGGACUUGCCCCAUUUCAACCGCUUCUAUCUCUUUUUCCUCAAGAUUCAACAAGUUCUGAGAACUUAUUAACUGUGAUGGGCAAUGGAUUCCGAGUCUUUGCGAUGAGACAUGGGAGGAGAGUGCCUAAACUGAACAGACCCCCUGACCAGCGACGGGCACUCUUGCGGGGCCUCACGACUCAGCUUCUCAAACAUGGGCGCAUUAUGACGACCAGAGCGAGAGCCAAAGCAAUGAGAAAGUAUGUUGACCAUAUGAUUACUUUGGCGAAGGAAGGCUCUCUUCACAAACGAAGGCAAGCCCUUGGCUUCAUCUAUGAGAAAGAAUUGGUGCAUGCCUUGUUUGCCGAGGUCCAAGAGAGAUACGGGGAGAGAAAUGGCGGAUACACAAGGAUACUUAGAACCUUCCCUCGGCGGGGGGACAAUGCACCUAUGGCCUAUAUUGAGCUUGUCUAGUGAUAAAUUGUUGAUCUUGAUGCCUUUCACUUAUAUUAUCAACACAGUUGAAUUUAUGUCAAUUUUUUGGUGGUGCACACUUUUUCUUAGUUUGUCACUUUAAAUGUCGCAAGGGUGAUACACUGAGCGUCUGAGCUCCUUGAUGAUAGUCACGGUAUUGUGAGUGGUAGAUAACUACAAAUUUGGUAUCUAGUAAGUGGGAGUGGUCUAAGGGAUCACUUCACACACUCCCGAUUCUCUCCUUGUGGGAGCUCUUAAAUUUAAGUCAUGAGAAUUUGAGACUUUUCUAUUCUUUAA